AUGGUGUCAUGGGUAAAUGAGAUCGCUGCGUCGGCUGGCUUGUCCAUAAAUAUCGAGACACAAACUCGAGCUGCACCCCUGGAGAUUAAUCGCCGUCAACUCGAAGGAGUCGACAGCUUUAAAUACCUCGGGGCGAGACCGCUAUCGACUGGACAGAGUAAGGACGACAUUGUCUCCCAAAUCGAUGCUGAUUACGGGGUUUUCUCAAUCAUCCGAAAGCGCCUAUGGAUUCGACGCGACCUCUCCAUCGCCAUGAAGAUCCGUGUGUACCGUAUACCCGUCCUGCCAGUCUUCUAUGACGACAUGAAAGCCGCCAACAUUAAGUCUGAUUCCUGUCAGUCGAACUAUCAACACUGUUAUCUAAUCUACGUUGUGGUCGACACUGCCUCCCCGGUAGAUGAAGUCUUAUGA